AUAGUGCUAGAGCUGCAGUACGAUUGGUGCCUGACGCUGCGCAUCACCUAUACGGAGGGGGACGAUGCGAUGGACACCCUCAGCGGCAGCGUGGCGCGCAUACGAGAUGACAUCAGGCUGAUGGUGCUCAGUGACCCCAAAAUAUCUCGCACCUAGACAAAACAAACCAUGGGACUCGGCGCGCUGCUUGGCAAGGCACGCUCCCUCGCAGGACGCGCAAUUGGUGGCGUUGGUGGCGCCAUUCGCAAAGUCGCAGAGUUCUCAGCACCCGUGGUGCGCAAGGUGGCGCAGUUUGCGCGCCCUGUCGUAAAUGCCGUGAGCGGCAUCGCCCUCGCUGCAGGCCAGCCAGAGAUCGCCCUCUUGGCCAAAGGGGUCAGCAAGGCGGCGGACUGGGUGUCUGGCGCAGCACCCAAGCAAGGUCACUGAUGCGCUAGGAAAGGCCAGUGCCAUUGGUGCGCGCAUGCAGGGCGCGGGCAGCGCGCUCAUGGGUGCGUCUGGCGGGGGCUAAGGCCAAAAUAUUUUCUGGGCCAAGGCUAGGAAGCAUGUGUCGCUACGGCUACCCCCUCCCCAAGCGCCGGUACACCAAGGGCAGGUACUACACCCUCAGUGACGGCAUACGCUACAAGUGUAUGCAGGCCUCGCCGCAAAUGAAUUUCUUGCCGAAUGGCUACAUUGAGCGCUACUGGACCUUUGGGUUUGUAGGGGGCGGUCGGCAGUGUGGCUUCGAUUCUUUUGAGCGCCUAAGGAUAAAGGUGAACUGGGAGGAUUGGGAGAAGGAUGCGUCCUGACACCCUCCGCACUGUGUGUCGCAGCGUGCUGAUAGCACUCGAGGUAAU